GACCCUGCGGCCGGCGGCCCGCACCCCGGCGCUGGCGGCCGCGAGGGCUGGCGCGGUGCCGGCGGCCCGCGGCUUCUCCGAGAUGGCGUCUCCGCAGAAGUUCGCGAUCUACCGGUACGACCCAGACACCCAGGCCAAGCCCUUCUUGCAGGAGUACACUAUUGACCUGCAGAGUUGCGGGCCGAUGAUCCUGGACGCCCUCAUCAAGGUCAAGGACGAGGUGGACCCCACCCUCACGUUCCGCCGCUCCUGCCGCGAGGGCAUCUGCGGCUCGUGCGCUAUGAAUAUCAACGGAAAGAACGGCCUCGCAUGCCUCCUGUACAUCGAGCCCGGCCCAGCGCCGAUCGAGAUCCAGCCGUUGCCCCACACGUACGUUGUCAAGGACCUCGUGCCCGACCUCACGAACUUCUAUAACCAGUACAAGUCCAUCGAGCCUUGGCUCAAGCGCAAGGACGCGAAGGCAAAGGGGGAGAAGGAGUACUUCCAGAGCAGGGAGGACCGCGCCAAGCUGGACGGCAUGUACGAGUGCAUCUUGUGCGCCUGCUGCAUGACAUCGUGCCCGUCCUACUGGUGGAACCCAGAGUAUUACCUUGGACCGGCCGUGCUCAUGCAGGCGUAUCGGUGGAUCGCGGACUCUCGCGACCAGUUCACGGAGGAGCGCCUCGCGUGGGUGAACGACACCAUGAAGCUCUACCGUUGCCACGGCAUCAUGAACUGCACGAACUGCUGCCCCAAGGGCCUGGACCCCGCCAAGGCCAUCGUGCACCUCAAGGAGGAGGUGGCGGACACUUAUAAGGACGCCUGGAAGGGCAUGAUGACGGAGCAGAUCGUGAAGAACAAGGGCCGCGAGUCGGGCAUGAUGUACAUGUGA